AGGCUGUGUCCUAAAUUUUGAAGAGGCACGCACACUACGUUGGUUAAGGACAGGAACUCAGCUGUAGGCAUUCACCUCUCUUUCUACCUCUCUCGUUCUCUGAUCAGUUUCCGGGUAGCUAACAGGCAGACAAACAGCGCUCAAGACGUUGCAUCAGGUGCGCUCGCGCCUUUUGCCCAAAUUGCCCUUGAACUGGCGGUUUUACUGGAACAGACAGCAAGCGAGAAGCAACGCACAGACCACGGAAGCACAGGAGCUGUUCAGUAAACAGCAUUAGCGAUUCACAUCGGCAUUCUGCAUCAGAGAUACCGUCUGUUUCAACUGAGCAAUGAGCUGACCUGGAUGCAAAUACAGUCAUGGAUGAAUCAGAGCAAAGCAAUGUAACCAGUGCAAUUGCUGAGUUACUCAAAGAUCUUUCAUCCUCGGUGCUGCAAUCAGUUGUGGAGACACUGAAUUCACUUGGAGUAACAUCACUUGAAGAUUUUCAAUAUGUUCAGGAAUCAGAUCUCCUGCCAGUAUUAUGACCCAUUCAGGCCAGAAAACUUGUAUCUGCCUGGAGCCAGAUCAAACAAAGUGCUGAUAGCUUGUCAAGUUCUAGAGAGAGCAGCAGUGCUUCAUGUUCAUCAUCCCCAUCAUGUGGCAAGGCUUCCGGAGUUGUUUCGGACUGGGCCGACAGUUUUAAAAUUCCAUGGCAGAAGUUUCCAGAGCUAUUGACUCAAUGUUUAGAAAGGAAGAAAAGACCAAAUCCAAGAUUGCGACGAGAUAUGGUCAGAAUUGUCGUGUCUGAAAUGAAGGUAGGUGACUGUACCAGUAAACAAAGCUCUACAGCCAUUGCCAAAAAGAUUGUGGCCAAAUACCCUGCAUCCUUGCAGGAUGUUGUCGAAGGUGAUAUAAUUGGUUCAGGGUAUAACUCGCUGGUCAAGCAGAUUCAGAAUCGCAUAGAAAAUGUGAAGAGACCCAACGUGCCGAAAAUCAGAAAAUGCAACAGAACAGAAGAAUCUGACACAGAGGAGAUUCCUGCUGAAAAAAGGGCAGCGGUUCAAGACACUUAUGGGAUUUAAAGUUUAUGCCGCACAAUGAGACUAAAGAGAACCAGUUGGAUAAACAAGAACGGAUGAAGAUCAUGUCUAAAACAACAAAUGUUGACCCAGAAGAAGUUAGCAACCUUCUGAAAGCAACCUACUACUCUCAACGCAAAGAUAUAAACAACGGAGCAAGCAUUCAACAGCUUUGUGAGAACUGGCCUUUUCUAUUUCAGGAGGUUGGUAUGUGUGUACACUUCAAGCAGCUAACCGGAAUUGAUCUGAAGGAGAUGUUCCUUAAAAGCUUGGAUAAAAAAGGACAGCGGCUCCUGAACUUUCUUAAAACAGUUGGUGCAGAAAAGACAAAUGUACUGCAAGCUGCUGCAAAACUAGAGGUUACGAGGUGUCAAACUGAGGGAUGCAGUGAAGAUUUGAAAGAUGUGGUGCUUCUUCUGCUUGCCUACUUUGAUGAAAAGGAAGAGGUGGUGUUUCAUUAUGUGGAAGAGUCUUGCCUUGUCGAAGAUGUGGAGGUAGACAAGUUACCAGCAACACCCUGCAUCAUUGUCUGUGGCUCUUCCUGCUACACAUCAAAACUAUUCAUGCUGAGCAUCGACCAAAAGAUUACAGCUCCACACAUUUCUACAUUUAUCUCUGUAUUGUGCAUGAUGUUUGGCAGUUACUACUGUUUUAACAUUCAUUACCCUUUGGAACUGGGUUCUAAUCUGGAGUUCAUGCAAAGGUGCUUCAGCAUAAACCCAGAGAAGGGCACCAAAGUUGAACCGAGGAAAAACAAAAAAACAGCUCCCAGUGAACCCCCGAGUCCUUACACUCAUAGCAGACCUUGCUGAUCAUGAGUGGAGAGCAGAUUAAGGUUGGACAAAACAUUUUUGACAGAUGUUUGAAGAUUACGUUGGCACUGAGAAUGUUUUACAACUUUGUGUUAUCUGGAUUUACACUGAAAGAUGCUUGAACUUUGAAUGUCAAACUACUUAAAUGUGAGUCCUCUUAGAAAGCUAUUUUUGGCUUAUAUACUGUUUUGUACUUAUGGUACCUAUAGUACAAUACCAGUAAUGAUUUGAGCAGCCAACAAAACAUUGUGUGUACCUAAAAUAAAAUGUCACUUUUUUUUUUUUUUUUUUUGUAUAGUUAUGUUUUUCAUGUCCUUUCAAUUUAUACAUUUAAGUUUUCCUACAGGAAGUUUUGUUUUGUGCAUCUGAGAUUUUAAAAAGCUGUAUGUUAAUGCUUUCCAAGCAUUUGGUUCAUGAUUAAUCCAUUCUGUUAAUAGAAUGGUGUGCUGUCUUGUUCAGGUUAUUGAAUGUGUGGCUUUCUGGAAAAGAUUGCAAUUAUUCAAAAUGUUUGUUCUGCAAGUUGAAGUGAACAGGGAGUACAUUCUUUUACUGCUUUUUUUAAGGAGAAGAAUAUGGUUUUCCAAAGUAUGUAUUUAUUAUGUUUGU